AUGCCAGCAUAUCAUUCUCAAUUUAAUGAAGACUCAACUUGGAGAGUAAUUGGUAAUAUGAGUUUAUUACCAAUAAAAACUAAAUUUCGAGGACCUGCACCUACAGCAUCAUCGGUUAACGAUGAUAUUAUUGACGAAGCACUUGAUUACUUUCGAGCAAAUUGUUUUUUUCGGAAUUUUGAAAUUAAAGGAAAUGCAGAUAGAGUUUUAAUUUAUUUGAUUUUAUUUAUAUCCGAUUGUUUAAAUAGACUUGUUAAAAAUCCUUCCCAAAGAGAAGCAUCUAAAAUUUUAAAUACUAGAGCAUUAGAUAAUUUCUCUUUGCCUGGUGAUUCAGGUUUUCCAUUAAAUGCUUUAUAUUCUGCUCCAUCGAAUCGAGCUGAUGCGGUUCGUCAGGAAUUAGCUAGUAGAUUUGUGGAAAGAGUUUAUGUUGAUGGAAAACCCACUGAUCUUGGUCGUCGCAUUAAUGCAGCAUUAGCUCAAAUUAACAAAGAACCAGUUAUAGAUGCAAAAGUUCUUGAUGUACUAUUAAAAGAAAUUUGUCACGCACUUCUGGAAGCGGAUGUCAAUGUUCGCCUAGUAGGAAAUUUAAGAAAUAAUGUUAAAAAUGCUGUUAAGAUUCAAGAUCUUGCAGCAGGAAUAAAUAAGAGAAAGGUUAUACAAAAGGCAGUUUUAGAUGAACUUUGUCGGCUUGUAGAACCAGGAGUUGAAACAUUCAAACCAAAAAAAGGUGCAAAAAAUAUCAUCAUGUUUGUAGGAUUACAGGGUAGUGGUAAAACAACUACUUGCACAAAAUUGGCAUAUCAUUAUCAACGUAAAGGUUGGAAAGUAUGCCUUGUGUGCGCAGAUACAUUUCGGGCUGGUGCAUUUGAUCAAUUGAAACAAAAUGCCACCAAAGCAAAGAUACCGUACUAUGGAAGUUAUACGGAAACAGAUCCAGUUCAAAUAGCACAUGAAGGAGUAGAAAAAUUCAAAAAAGAAGGAUUUGAAAUAAUUAUAGUAGACACUUCUGGUAGACAUAAACAAGAAGCGGAAUUAUUUGAAGAAAUGAUACAAAUCUCAACUAAUCCAGAUAAUACCAUUUUUGUUAUGGACGCAACAAUUGGUCAAGCCGCUGAAGCUCAAUCUAGAGCAUUCCAUGAAGCUACAAAAAUUGGUUCAAUUAUUAUAACUAAAAUGGAUGGUCACGCUAAAGGUGGUGGUGCUAUUUCAGCAGUCGCAGCAACUCAUAGUCCUAUUAUUUUUAUUGGUACGGGUGAACAUAUUCAUGAUUUGGAAAGAUUCGAACCUCGACGAUUUGUUCAAAAAAUGUUGGGAAUGGGUGAUAUUUCCGGUCUAAUGGAAACUGUACAAGAUUUGAAAUUGGAUCAAAAUAAAAAUUUAAUGAAAAAUUUAGAACAGGGUUUGUAA